CUUAAUAGCCCAGUUCAAAAUUUUCAACAUAUAUUUACAAUAAUUUUUCAAAUUACAAAUUCACGGUCCUGCAAUAAUCUCGGUGCUAUCAGAGCAUGGCUAUUGGAUUGAACGGAUUUGGGCGCAUUGGUCGCGUUUUCUUACGUAACGUUGUGCUCCGUGACGAUGCGAAGGUAGUGGCUAUCAAUGAUCCGGCUAUGGAGCCAAAGUAUGUAGCCUAUAUGUUGCGCCACGAUAGCACACAUGGUAUCUUCAAUCAAAAAAUUUCACUCGAGGGUGAUACGCUGAUUGUAGGCGAUAAGAAGAUAAAGCUGACCAAAGAAGCCGAUCCCAAAAAGCUGAAGUGGGGUCAGCUGGGUGUUCACACGGUAAUCGAGUGCACCGGUCGAUUCACCACCUUGGAGAAGGCCAAGGUGCAUUUGGAUGCGGGUGCCAAGAAGGUGGUGAUAUCCGCCCCUUCCGCCGAUGCUCCCAUGUUUGUGUGCGGCGUCAAUUUGGAUGCAUAUAAGCCGGACAUGAAAGUCAUUUCGAACGCUUCCUGCACCACCAAUUGUCUGGCGCCACUGGCCAAGGUUGUGCAUGACAAUUUUGAAAUCAUUGAGGGCCUGAUGACCACCGUGCAUGCGGCAACGGCCACCCAAAAGAUUAUCGACGGGCCGAGCAACAAGGCGUGGCGCGAUGGGCGUAGCGGCAUGUGCAACAUCAUACCUGCAUCCACAGGCGCCGCCAAGGCUGUGGGCAAGGUAAUACCUGAUCUAAAUGGCAAGCUGACUGGCAUGGCGUUUCGCGUUCCCACGCCAAAUGUCUCUGUGGUGGAUUUGACUUGUCGCCUGGGAGACGGCGCCAAGCUGGAUGAGAUUAAGGAUGCCAUCAAGGAGGCCUCCACCAACGAGUUUAAGGGAAUACUAGCCUAUGUGGAUGAGCAGGUGGUCUCCUCUGAUAUGAAUGGUUCACGCUAUGGAUCCGUAUUCGAUGCCAAGGCUUGUAUAGCCCUCAACGACAAUUUUGUAAAGCUGAUCAGUUGGUAUGACAAUGAAACGGGAUACUGUUGCCGCCUCUUCGAUUUGGUGAAGUACGCACAAAACGCGGACAAGUGUGCCGAGCGCGACAAGAAGAAGAAGGAAGAGGCGGCACUUAAAAAGAAGUGCGAGGAAGAGGAGCAGAAGAGAAAAUGUGAGGAGGCUGCGCAAAAGAAGAAAUGCGAGGAGGCAGCACAAAGAAAGAAAUGUGAGGAGGCUGCGCAAAAGAAAAAAUGCGAGGAGGCAGCUCUAAAGAAAAAGUGCGAGGAAGCGGCCAAAAAGAAAAAGUGCGCAGAGGCCGCCAAGAAGGACAAAUGCAAAAAGGACAAAUAAAAUACGAGCACACUAAUAUAUUGGUAAAUGCUAAACUACUAGUACAAUUAGAAUAAUAAUUAAUGACACUUGCAAGAUAA